UUGUGUGGAUGCUUAAUGUGGAAGAAUGAAACGUUAACUUUUUCUUUGAAAAUGCCUGUUCCUAUCUCAAUGAUGUGGUUGAACCGAAUUCAUCUUUGGUAAUCUUAAGUGUGAUCGUGGGAUUUCUUCUGAUUGCAGGCGAAAAGCUGCGCUUUGAAAUCUGUGUGUAGGAUGCAACUAGGGCUGUUGCAGGGAAUAAAUUGUACUGCUAGGUGCUGACUCGCUGAGCCAGAAGAGGGUACUCUCACCAGGUCAUGAUUUGCUGAAAUGCUGAAGAGGAGGCCUUUGAGGAAAAUUGUUCACAAUGAAAUGUGUGUAAGUGGAGCUGCAGACAUGGCUGAAGAAAUGGUGCAAGCUCUGCUGGAUGGGCAACCCCUUGAAACAGAGGAAUUCUGUGAUUUUUCAUUAGAAGAGCAAAAUGAGGCAACUGCUGCCACUGGAGUUUCACCAUCAACGCCAUCUACAUUUACACCAGAGCUGAAGAAAAAUGUGUUUUACAUUGUGGCUGGAGCCAUUGUAAAUGACAAUGGAGAAGUAUUGAUGAUACAAGAGGCAAAAAGCUCUUGCGCCGGCCAGUGGUACCUGCCAGCCGGCCGUAUGGAGCCGGGCGAGAGCAUCGCCGAGGCGGCGAGACGUGAAGUGCUCGAGGAGACGGGCCUCGAGUUCGAGCCGACCACCCUGCUCAUGGUAGAGACGGCCGGCGGCGCCUGGUACCGCUUCGUCGUCACCGGCAGCAUCACUGGCGGGCGGCUGAAGACGCCGGCCGACGCCGACCCAGAGUCGCUGCAGGCGCAGUGGGUGGCCGACCUGACCUCGCUCGACCUGCGCGCCACCGACAUCGUGCCGCUGGUGGAGCUGUCGCAGGCGUACCAGCGGCGCGGCGAGACGCCCUGGCACCGGCCGCUGCUGCCGGCCGCCAGGCGCCACGACCGCCUCCUGCUCCGGCUCGUCGUCUGCGUCCGGAAACGCGCUAACAACCGCGUGAGUGUGCUGAUGUCGGAGAAGACGUCGCUUCACCUGCCGACCUGUGAAAUAUCACCUCCGCGCAGCAUCCACUCCACACUGAAGAAGUACAUGACGGAGAUGUUCGGCGCCGACCUGCCGCCCCACCGGCCGGCCGGCGUGCUGUCGGUGGAGUACGCCCACGAGCCGGACCAGCCGGCCGGCCUCUGCCUGACGCUGCUGGUGCCCGUGCGCAAGCCGCUGGAGGAGGCGCACCUCAUCGACAAGUACCAGUGGUGCGAGCUGAGCCGCGACGCCGGCCACGCGCUGCUCGAGCGGCUCGGCAAGAACCGGCUGGUGACGCUCAACGUCAUCAGGUAAGGCGGCGGCGGCACGAGCCAGCGGCGGCGGCGGCGGCG